GAGACACGUUGGGACGGGUUGUUGAUGGCGAAAACAGCGAAAAGUGGCGAAAAGUCGUCAGCGGGAGGUUAUAGUCGCGUUGUUGUCGUUGGAGCUCCCACGGGGUGAAUCAUCGCGAAGAUCGAGGACUCGAGUGGGUGGCGCAGAAAAUUCCCAAACUGAUUUAAUUACACGACAGACUACAGUUAGAGUCGUUUAGAGCAGCUGGUGGCCCCUCAAGACCGGAUUUUCACUUUCCCGUGCCCCACUUUAGUGGUUUACGUAGAAGUGUCAACGUCACCUGUCAAAAAUUAAAAAUUGUUACAAGACGCAAAAAUCCAUGAAUCGGGGGUGAAUUAUGGCCGAUGUUUCCGUCGACGUGUCGGGGGAGAUGGCGCCCCCAGCCCCCCUUCCGAAAAACGCAUUUCCGAGUUUUUUACAAGUGCCGACGCAGAUCCCCGACCCCAAGGAGUGGUUCCACAAACAGAGACAGAACGUGAGGCCGUGGCUGCUUUUUUUGCAGACUUCCAACUUCAAGGCGCCCCCGUCGGUCCCCCGACUGAGUAAGCGCAUAAUGAGGAACAUCGAGUACUUCCAAAGCAACUACUUGUUUGUUUUUCUCGGCCUGAUCGUCUAUUGCUUGAUCACGUCCCCUUUGAUUUUGUUUGCGAUAGCAGGGAGCUUCUACGCCGGCUAUAAGUUGAACAAGCGACACCAGGAGAGGAGGAUCGUGUUUUUUAAGAAGGAACUGACGCUGGCGCAAGUGUACGGGUUGGUAGUGGUGUGCUCCAUGCCGGUUUACUAUCUAGUGGGGGCCCACGGCGCCAUGUUCUGGGUCCUGGGGGCCUCGUUUUUCCUAAUCACUCUACAUGCGUCGUUUUAUAAUAUUGACGCCGUCAUCGCACAAGGCGAGGACGGGUUUCCGCUGCUGGAGCAAGUCUAGUUUUAUGUACAUAUGUAUCAUUUAUUGUUUCCAUGGGAACGGGUCACGUGCUCCGCGUCACCCAAUCACAAUUCCAGAUAUUGUAACUUUGUAAUAAAGGCGGGUUUUAUUGGAGUUCAGCCCAGAAGUUUCAACGGUUUUUGUUUUAUGAAUCAUCGGGGCGGAGCUUCGGUAAAAACCGCCUCUGUUGCUACGGCAACGGUGUCACGUGCUCACGUGACAUUGAAAGACUGUCGCUUUAUAGAAAAUAUCUUUAUUUUUGUCGUAAAAGGCAAUAAUAUCAUCAAGAACAUUACAAAUGCAAUGCACUGACAUUUUUGAACUAGAGAAAUGAAUCGUUUGUACAACUAUCUUGAUAAGGGGGAACUAAAUUUAUUUACAAUAAACUGAACAUGGGGAA